ACAGCCAAACAAAAAAGUAAACAAACACGCAAUUUCAUAUUGUUUGGAAAUUCUCAAAAUUCAUCCGGAAAAUAGAGGAAAAUGCUUAAAAGACCAAAAGCAACGGAUUCUGAGAAGGAUAUUCUUCAAUUCCAGAAUGAAUAUCUCGAUGAGAAGCGACGAAGUAGCUCAUUUCAGCCCUCAGCAAAAGUUGUACGAGUUGGGGAAGCUUCUCAAACAGGGAAGAAACAAUCACUGUUUGCCAAGUCAAGGAAUAAGGAAGCUCAAGAGAAAGAUUCAUCAGCUGACACCACGCAGAAGGGCUUUGUAAUUGGAGAUAUUGUUGAGAGGCACCCGGAAGGGUUUCAGGGAGAAGGAAGUUAUCCUGUGGUUGCCCAAGAGUCCUUCCCACGGACUGAAAAGAUCGACAUUAAUGUAAAGAGUGAAGGGAAGAGUAUAUUUGCAAAGCUCCGGGAAGAAAAAGUCAAGAAAAUCCAUCAGAAUGAGAAGCAAGAUGUGAAAGAUUUCCGGGAAUUUGGGGAAAAGAGCUUCAUUCUCACAGGAGCAGAGUCUUCUUCAAUCCACGAGGAGAAUGUGAGAGUUCUCUCCCAGAUGUCCAAAGAAGAGAUUGAGAUUGAAAGAGAAAGAUUGAUGAAAUCUCUUGAUCCGAAACUUCUGGAAUACAUCCGGUCAAAGAGAAAGACUCCUCAGGCACCUCAAGUGAUGGAUGUGGAGGAGUCCACCAAAAUAGAAGCUCCUCAGCAAAUUGAACUUCCUGAAGUGCCCAUCCUGGGGGAUGAGGAGAGACAGAAUUGGCUGCAUUUUGACAAAUUCGAAGCUGAUAAAUUCCAAUGGAUGACUUCGGUGCCAAAAAACAUCCCAAAGCUCAAGAAAGGUGAAGCUUUCGAGGCUCGUUUCGAUUGGAAGGGUAUCCUCUUACCCUUUGUAGAGAAAGAUGAUAAAACUGCUGACAAUCGGGAGCUGUACCUUCACGGAGAGGAUCCCCAUCGACCAGGCUACACAAUUCAGGAACUCUUCAGGCUGGCCCGGUCAAAUGUAACGCAGCAACGGAUUCAGGCACUAAAUGCAAUAGCAGGGAUCCUCCGGAUCUACAAUCAGGGCUUCUACGAUGACAUCUCAGAGCUUCCAAUUUCAAAAAUUUUCUUCCUCCUUCGCUUUGCUCUCGAUGACUCCGCCACAGCUGUUGUGGAAGCUGCAGCAAAGGGACUCUCCUCCCUCUUUUCCAAUGAAAUCGACGAACUUCUCCUGGACACCCUCUUUGAGACUCAAUUGGGAAUCAUUCAGCCCUUGUUUGGGAAUGCAGAAGCCGGCGAUGGAUUGGAGAAAAAUUUCUCAAAGCUCAAAAUUGAGAGCACAGAUCUCGAUGAGGAGAUGAGUAAUAUUGAGCAAAUGAAUGAUUUUCACCUUGCUGAGACAGAUCUCGUGAAAUGUCUCCUCAGGACGAAUAUUCUCAAGAGAAUUCACUUCCUCCUGGCCUAUGAACAAAUCCCUGACACAGGAGUUAUUGCCCUGACGCGUAUUCUUGUGAGAAUUUGCAGGGAAGGAUGCGCAAGGGAUGUACUGGAGAGGGAGGAAAUUCUUCCUUGUUUAAUCCGGAAGCAUCUCGUUGGGAUGAAUGAGCUUCCCGAGGGCAGUGGGAAGGUUCAAGCGAUGAUAUUGAAGCUCCUGAGGAUUACUGUUUGUGCCUUAAAUUCUCCGAAUCUCCUCAAACAGCUCAAUAUCCUUCCAAUCCUGAUGGAAUAUUGCCACACACGAAGAGAUCUAAAUGCGGAUUUUCUUCAACUUCAGAUAGAAUCUUAUCGUUUGGUACGCGUUUGGUUGGCUUUUAACCCAUCAGAGCCCAAAUUAAAUGACUUCCUUCCAGCAAUUGCAUUAGCUCUUGAAUGGCACUACAAUGCUAUGCCCUUUGCCAAUGGUUCCCUGCAGCUAAGACAGCACGCUGCGGUCAUAAUCUCUGUCCUCAAUCACAUAUCCUUUGACUGGAGAAACAGUAUCUGCUCCCCAACACUUCAGCUGUGCUUUGGGAAGUGGACAACUCUCUAUUCUCAAGGGAAGAAUCACGAUUUCUCCCACAAUAUCCUUAUUACGUGCUGCUUUGAGCUCAUCUCACGUCAACCUCAGCACCUUGUUGGGGAAUUUGUGACCAAAUACUUCCAGAAUUUCUUGGAAAGUGAGAAAUUUUCCUCCCUAUGGGAUGAUUUAAUCACAACAUCCCCAUUAAUUCAUUCCCGGAAGGAUCGAAGGAAGGUUUUUGAGGCUCUUCCGAAUCUUGGAAGUGUUGCCGUGGACGACAAUCCGGGAGAACCUCAGUUGAAACUUCCCUACAAUUAUCCGGGAAGUGCUCUUCUGAGUGCUGUGGAAAUUGCAGCCGCCUCAGUCAAAGCUUAUGGAUUUACUUUGAACUUCCGGAGGGAGGUUGAAAGGUACCUGAAGGCUUUUGUGGAAGCACGAAUUGAAGCUUCAUGUGAUUGGUUUUGGCAGCAUGAAAUCAAGCUGAUUCUUGUGCUUUUGCAAAUGGAUUUGUGUGAGAAGAAUUUAAUCUUGAGAACAGGUAUGAAGGUUGUUGGGCUUCUGCGAGGUUGUGAGAAUAUGGGAUGCGUCCGGAAGUUGCUGGACAGUGUGAUCUUCAGUGAGAAAUUCUAUGGGAAUUCCUCGAGAAAUCAAUGCGAAGAUUUCAGCAGUUGGAGGUCAAUUUAUUGGAAAUUCUAUUCGAUGAAUUUAGAGGAAACUUCCACAGCUCUCGUGAAACUCUCAUGCAGCGACUGGGAUAAGGAAUUACUGCCCCAAGACUGGCCACUAGCCUUCUUAACGAUCUUCCUGCAGCAGCACACUUCAGAUCAAAUGCAGCUGCAUAUUCUCCCCCAAGUUGAAGAUGAAAUUAUCACAGCUUCAAUGGGACUUUUGGGUAUUCUCGAGGAAAAUUCCCUAAUCCCCGUGUCACCAUCAGAGGAAUUCAUGUACCUCAUGAUGCCCUUCCUCAGCACCGAAUGUCGCUUUAUGGAACCAACAGUGAAAGACAUUCUACGUAGGAGAAUCUCAAGUCUCUUUGCACGAUGUCAAGUGUUUGAUUUCACCCUCAAACUGAAAGGUAAACACGACUUCGAGAGCGUGUACACGGUGUUCCUAAAUCACUUUCAAAGCUCCAGCUAUGGAGAUGAUUUAUUCAGUGCCAUGGUGAUGGUGCCACUGGCGCAGAAAUAUGACGCCAAAUGGAGAAAAAUGAUUUGGUCCGAACACAUUGCUGUCCUUCGUUUCAUCACCUGCACCGUGGAGCAGCUCUGUGUUGGCUCAAUUGACCCAUAUCUCGAACCACCUGAAACUGACUCAUCCCUCCUGAAGCUCUACAGUCGUGCCCUCAAUUCCAAUUGCCUCCGGAAGGAUUCGCUUCCUCACAAAAUUGCUCAGCAUCACCUAAUGAGAUCCAGCUUAAGCAGAAAUUCAUUCAGCAGCUCUGCAAUGUCUUAAUUAUUUUACAUUUUGCCCCACAUUUUGUCACCCAGUUUAGUAAAUAAAUAAAUUUUCUACCCAAUAAAACUCACGACGAUGUCACAAAACGUCCCGGCGGGGAGGGCGUAAUGAUUGAUGUUCACGGAGCAUGCAAUCAAACGUGAAAUCGCAUGGCGCAGUUUUAAUUUUCCAUUAAGAUAUGCAAAUACUUUUUAAUUAAACAUAGAGCAAAAUUUUGUUGUUUGCCGCAAUUUGGCUGGGAGGACGCCGUAUGUGGUGUGUUGGUUGUCGCAUGAUUGCAAAUCAAGGAGAAAAUAUACAUAUAUGUUGUAGCAGCAGUCAUGUGCAGAGAUUGCAGGACUUUUGCCAGCAAAGUCCUUAACUCUUUGAAUUUUUUAGAUUUUAUUUAAGAAAAAAAAAUCAAAUUAUUUUGGUGAAUGUUUAGUAGGCUGUGAAGUUUAUCAAAAUCGGUC